AUGACUUCUCAAACUGAUUCGAGAACAUCGGAUGUAUCUAGUUCGCCAGCACUAGAGUUAAAUCCGGUGGACAAUCUACGACCUUUGAUACCAGCUCCACGACCACCUCCCGUUGACGACAAUUGCAAUGGAGGCCGCCCACUCUGCUCCCAAUGUCGAUCCCGUAAAAUCGAAUGCGUCUACAGACAAACACAAGACACAGACUUGCGAGAAAAGUUCGAUGCACUCUUGGAGUCACAUCCUGCUUUCAUAGUAUAUCGCGCUAUUCAGAGUCGAUCACAGGCCGAAUCCCUCGAGAUAGUCCGUCGGAUUCGAAGCGGUGUGGAUGCUGAAACUUUGAUGCGCCAACUCACGACUGCUGAUCUUCUUUGCCAAGUGCAACUCGAACCUGAGACAAGAUCCCGAUAUCAAUUCAUCUAUUCUCCGCUCAUGCCGAGAUAUCUGCAAAAGGCAACAAAUCCUUUCAUGGAAUCUCUCAUACAUGAGUGGAGUCAUAGGGACGAUGCCAGCCUUAUUGCAUCCCCGACAUUACCAGAGCCUGAUCUAGGAUACAAGGCGCAUUACUUGAGACCUCAUCACGCUGCAUUGAUUGUUGAUUCAAGGCUGGACGACAUUGAACCUUCCAGAUGGACGUCUGUCAAGGCCAGCGAUAACACUAUGAGGGAACUCUUACGAUUUUAUUUCCUCCAGGAAUAUGACUGUUUCACAUUUUUCCAUAAGGACUACUUCUUGGAUGACAUGUUGAGCGGUUCCAAUACAUUUUGUUCGCCACUUCUUGUUAAUGCUGUUCUUGCAGUCGCAUGUCAAUGUCGGAACUUUACCUCGGAGCCUGCAGCGUUUUGGGAUCCUCGCAGCCUUGGUUACGCCUUCUUGGAAGAAGCGCGCAGACUAUGGAUACUAGAAACCAUCCGUGAUCGAAGCUUGACAAGUUUACAAGCCGCGCUGGUGCUGAAUUCUGUGGUCAACAUGUUUGACAUGGAUCCCCUUUCAAAGGCAUACCUAGUCCAAGCCAUCAAAAUGGCUCAGGAGCUUGAGCUAUUCGAACCAACGACAUAUAUCAUGAACAAGAAGUUGAAGAAUUCCUACGACCUUACAGCAUGGUCUUUAUUUCACUGGCAGUGCACAUUGAGUUAUCAAUUCAUGACAGUUCCAGUCCUCAAAGCUCCGCCUAGAAACUCGAUGCCAAGUCCACAGCGUGAUCCUGAGUGGUUUGGUGAGAUUUGGCUCAAGUAUCCAUCGAGUUCAGUUCUUAUACCUCUACAGAUAGGUACAACGUUCAAAGCUAGAAUGGACUUUGCCGUUGUCCUCAACGACGCCAUGUUGGCAAUCCACCAAGGGGUUCCGGAAGGCGAACUUAGGUUGAACGGGCCGAUGAGAAUUAUCGAAGCCAUUCAGAAGUUGGAAUUGUGGCAGAAGAAUUUACCGGAAAGUUUAGGUCCAACCGAAAUUGUUUUCCCGUCACAGCUCAAGAUUUACCUACAUUUUUCUUACGUCCUUGUUCAGCUUUUUGAGAUUCUUGCACGGCAAGAACACACGCGACUUCCAUCCGAUCUGAACCAUGAUGAGCUUUGUCAGUCUUUAUCCAAGUGCAGGGGACAGUUUGAAACUAUUCUGCGCAUUCACUACCUUCGGCACAGCUUCGAAUAUGGCAACAUGAUGCUUACCCGAUUCCUCUCUAUGCUUGCCUUUCUUGCUCUGAACAAGCUUGAAAACCUCGAGGUCGAGCCUGGGGAUCCGUCGACAAUGUUUGAUCUAGAUGUCGGUGAUACGGAUCCUAAAGAAGCCCGUGCUACACUUCUCAUCGCACAAAAAGGACUCAGCGACCAGGGUAGAGGUUAUUACCUACCAAAGACACUACUGCAAGAUGUGUUGAGACAUAUGACGGCUAGCGACGCCGCUGUACUUCAAAGUAUCAUCAUGAUCCCACCGGAAAGUCCAAGUGAGAGUCAACAAAGAAAGAUAUUUCUCGAGGGUCAUUGUCCACCAGACAUUAUUCAAAUUGCCAACGAUUCUUCCAAGCAGCCAGAAGGUAGUUGGAUAAGACGAUUUGCGAUACUCACAUUGGGAGAAAAAUGUGGUCAAUCAAUUUUGGGCAUGAUAUCGGGUGGAAAAGACGGUUGA